GGAUUGUAUGAACGGCAGCGUUCGACGGGUCCACAAGCGUUAUCCGGUGGAGGAGAGGGCCGCUAGCUAGUAGCAUCAAGCAAGGUGUUUUGCCCACAACCGCAAAGCAGACCAGACCACGCCAAACCAAACCUUCUUCACUCCUGAAUCCGAAUCCAAAUGCCUCACAAAGAUCUUAAUUCGUUUCGAGGUGGUGCCGUGGUUGCUGAUGAGCCGAGCCCCCUUAAAACCCCCCAGAUCUCUCUGUAAAACUCUGGCCCCUUCCUUUUCUUCUUCGUAUACAGACUAGAUCGCUCCAUCUACCUUGCUUAAUUUCACCAACUUCGUCAGCCGAAGCAGAAACCCUAGGAAAAACCCUAACCUUAAUCCCAAUCCCGCCUUUUUCCGUCUGUAAUUGGCUGAGGUUUGUGUUGAUUUUCUGCGGAGUGGUGCUUUCUUGUGUUUUUCUUUUUGGCGACUGGGCGAAGUCUUGACUUUGUGUUCCUUUGCCUUGAAUUUGAGGUCAUGGGUUGAAGGGAACGUCCUGUCGUGAUAAGCUCAUGGAGUGGGACAGCAAUUCUGAUUUGAGCGGCGACGAGGAGGAGGAGGGCUUCCUCUUGAAGGAUGGUGCCGGUCCCUUGCCGUUUCCCGCCGACAGUUUGCUACAGCCUUCGCCAUGUGGGUUCGUUGUUACGGACGCUUUGGAGCCUGACCAUCCGAUUAUAUAUGUCAAUUCUGUGUUUGAGAUGGUCACCGGUUAUCGAGCUGAGGAGGUUCUUGGCCGUAAUUGUCGUUUCUUGCAAUGCAGAGGUCCAUUUGCAAAAAGAAGACAUCAACUAGUAGAUUCUACUAUAGUUUCAGAGAUAAGAAGAUGCCUUGAUGAAGGUGUUGAAUUCCAGGGCACUUUGUUAAAUUUUAGGAAAGAUGGAACUCCAUUGAUGAAUAGGCUGCGAGUGACACCUAUAUACGGGGAUGAUGAAACAAUUACUCAUUUUAUUGGUAUCCAGUUCUUCUCUGAAGCAAAUCUUGAUCUGGGUCCACUUCCUGGAUCUACAGUGAAGGAGUCUGCGAGAACAUCUGACCGGUUCCAUUCCAGUCUUUCCUCAUACAGGCCAAUGGUGGAUGUGAACUUCUGUAUUGCUCGUGGGACUUGUGGAAUACUGCAAUUGAGUGAUGAGGUCCUGUCUCUCAAGAUUCUUUCACGGUUGACUCCAAGAGACAUUGCAUCUGUGGCCUCUGUAAGCAGGAGACUCUAUGAGUUGACAAAGAAUGAGGAUCUUUGGAGAAUGGUCUGUCAAAAUGCUUGGGGUACUGAAACAACUCGUGUUUUAGAAACGGUGCCUGGAGCAAAGAGGCUUGGGUGGGGUCGACUGGCAAGAGAACUCACUACACUUGAAGCAGCAGCAUGGAGGAAGGUAACCGUUGGAGGUGCUGUUGAACCCUCUCGUUGCAACUUUAGUGCUUGUGCUGUUGGGAAUCGGGUGGUUCUUUUUGGUGGGGAGGGGGUCAACAUGCAACCAAUGAAUGACACGUUUGUAUUGGACUUAAACUCUAGCAACCCAGAGUGGCAACAUGUCAAAGUAAGCUCUCCACCGCCUGGCCGUUGGGGUCACACACUUUCUUGUGUGAAUGGAUCUCAUUUGGUUUUAUUUGGAGGUUGUGGAAGGGAAGGUUUACUUAAUGAUGUCUUUCUGUUGGAUUUGGAUGCCAAGCAACCAACUUGGCGUGAAAUCUCCAGUUUGGCCCCUCCACUUCCACGAUCAUGGCACAGCUCUUGUACGCUUGACGGGACUAAAUUGAUUGUCUCAGGUGGUUGCGCAGAUUCUGGUGUGCUGCUUAGUGACACUUUUCUGCUUGAUCUCUCAAUGGAGAAGCCGAUCUGGAGAGAGAUACCAGUGGCAUGGACCCCACCUUCUCGCUUAGGUCACACAUUAUCUGUUUAUGGUGGUAGGAAAAUUUUGAUGUUUGGGGGGCUUGCUAAGAGUGGUCCUCUCCGCUUCCGUUCGAGUGAUGUCUUCACGAUGGAUCUUAGUGAGGAGGAACCUUGUUGGAGAUGUGUAACAGGGAGUGCAAUGCCUGGUGCUGGAAAUCCAGGUGGCAUAGCUCCUCCUCCCAGGCUUGAUCAUGUGGCUGUGAGUCUUCCUGGUGGCAGAAUACUGGUAUUUGGUGGAUCCGUGGCUGGUCUUCACUCGGCCUCGCAGCUUUAUAUCUUAGAUCCAACGGAGGAGAAGCCUACUUGGAGAAUUCUAAAUGUACCUGGGCGACCUCCAAGAUUUGCUUGGGGACACAGUACAUGUGUCGUUGGAGGGACAAGGGCCAUAGUCCUUGGCGGUCAAACUGGAGAGGAGUGGAUGCUAGGUGAACUCCAUGAGCUAUCUUUGGCGAGUUCUGCAAUCUGACAUGGGAGAGAUGGAAUAACUAGCUCUUUUGCAAGGAAUGACACGGAUGCCUCAGUUAGUAGAACUGUCUUGGUUAGUCAAUUUGUGGAGAAUUUCCAUUAUUUGAAGAUGCAUGACAAAACAUGUCUGUUGAUGGUUCUCUUGUAUGAGUGACUGCCUCGAGUGCAUGUUCUUGUAUGAGGUACCUCUGGCUUGCAAUAUGUUAAACAUUUCCGAGUGAUUUUCAUUGGGGUUUGAUUUUGUGGGGUUUCCGUUGACCUGCCCUAGGAAACACAUCUGAUCAUUCCCCCAUUUCUAGGUCAUAGUAACACUCCAACAUAUGGGUAGGUAAUGGUAUAUGUAGGUUUAGUUUCAGUAUUGCUAGUAAGCCAUGUGAUAUGUUUAGGUUCUAUGGGUUGAACCCUACUAUAUUAAAUGCUCCCUCCCCUUUCUCCAGAAAAAGAAAACAAAGAAAAAAAGAAAAAAAAAAUAGAGAAGAAUGGUGAAAAAAAAAAAAUUCUGGUUCCUAUGUGUACAUAACAAGUUAUGAAUUUAUUGCAUCUUUUACAUGUACUGAAGUAGCUACUUACCAUGUCCAACCAUUUGGUCAAAAUCUUGUUUUCCUGCUCA